CCUAUUUGCAUUAGAGUAAUUCUAAUUUAGCUAGGGUUCUUCUCUCUCUCCCCUCUCGCGAAAACCACGAACACCAGCGAUUCCCGGUCCAAAUUCAUCUACUCCCAGUGAGCCUAGAUUAGCUGCAGAAUAUUCCUUCCUUUUCCCAGUGAGCCUAGAUAGCGCGGGUCGCGGCAAAGAGUAACGCUCUUUUUGUCGGCGGCGGCGGACCAACGUCAAGCUCCACGCUCGUCCUUCCUCAAUCCUUCCCGUUUCUUAGUCCUACAGGACUACGCAUCUCCUCACCACCGAAGAUGUAUUGUAUUUAGAACCGAAAUUGGUUUUGUGAUGGGGGUGCUCUCUGCUCUGGUCGUAGCAAUCAGACAAAGCUUCUCUCUCAGGCUGCGCACCAUGGACCACCCAGCAAAUAUGUAUCUUCGCAUGCUAUGAUCAUCUCUCUCUCUCUCUCUCAUGAUGAUGAUGAUCCUCUCACCGCGGCAAUGGCUGCUGCUGCUACCUCUGGUCUUCCUCUCUACUCUUCUCUUCUCCUACCUGUACACGACCCUAUGGCUAAGGCCGGAGAGGCUCAGGCAGAAGCUGAGAAGCCAAGGAGUGAAGGGUCCCAAGCCUUCUUUCCUCUUUGGAAACAUACCGGAGAUGAGGAGAAUCCAGAAACUUGCCACACCUGCUCAAGAAGAGGGAGCAGGGCCUACUGAUCGCUUCUCCUCAAAUUAUGUGGCCACUCUGUUCCCUUACUUCCUCCACUGGACCAGAGUUUAUGGUUCCAUCUACUUGUAUGCUACUGGAAGCAUACAAACUCUACAUGUCAUACAUCCUGACAUGGUGAAGGAGCUGGCCAGUUGCAAGUCUUUGGACCUUGGAAAGCCUAGCUACUUGCAGAAAGAGCAUGGAGCUCUUCUUGGUACGGGAAUUUUGACGGCGAAUGGUGACCUAUGGGUACACCAACGGAAGGUCAUUGCACCUGAAUUCUUCAUGGACAAGGUUAAGGGAAUGGUUAAUUUGAUGAUGGAUGCUGCACUAUCAAUGUUGAAUUCAUGGGAAGAAAAGGUUGAGUCUGAAGGAGGCAGGGCAGAGAUUGUAGUUGAUGAGUUCUUGCGGAACUUCUCAGCUGAUGUUAUAUCAAGAGCUUCUUUUGGAAGCAGUUUUGUCGAAGGCAAAGAGAUAUUUUACAAAAUUCGCCAACUUCAGAAAGCGAUGGCGAAGCGAAGUAUGCUUAUUGGUGUUCCUGGAAGUAGAUAUUUACCGACAAAGAGUAACAGAGAGAUUUGGAACCUGGGGAGUUGCAUCCGUAGCCUCAUCUUGGACAUAGCCAAGAAGCACGGACAAGAUUCAGCGGCCACCCGAAAUAAGUUUUUUCUGCACUCCAUCAUUGAGGGUUCUAAAGCCGCUUCAUUCUCUUCGUGCACACCUGAGGAUUUCAUCGUCGACAACUGCAAGAACAUCUACUUCGCGGGACAUGAGACAACCUCGAGCACUGCCGCGUGGUGCCUGAUGCUUCUUGCGGCGCACCCUGAAUGGCAGGAUCGCGCUCGGGCGGAAGUCCUUGACGUUUGUCAUGGAGAAGCAUUAGACUUCGACAAGCUACGCAAAUUGAAAACGGAGGAGGAAUUGAUUCUCAGACCACAAAAACAACAGAACAACAGGGAUGAUAUUCAGGUUUACAUAUCUCCAUAGGGAAUCGGAACCGGCUGUGGAUGUGGGAAAAAGAAAAUCCCUAAAUGCAUCUCUGAAACAAUGGCAUUUUUUCAGUGAAUGAACUAAGACUAGCAGUUCAUUUUUAUUCUGUUGGGGGAAUCUAUUUUGGACGAAAUUCUGAACACUUUUCAAUGUGAUAGCAGCUGCCACUAUCUCAAGAAUGAGGAGAAAUUGAUUCUCAGAUCACAAAGAACCACAGAGCAGCAAGGGUGAUAUUCAGGUUGACAUAUCUCCAUAGACAAUCUAACCUGUACAGGGAUGAGUAAGAUAUGAAAAACUUCAAUUGAAAGCACCGCAAAGCCCAAGAAUAGUACAAUGGGCUCGACAUUGGUUGAACAUAGGGUUCUUGCAUGCAAGUGUAUGGCCGGGUAAAUAAGUACGUGAUUAAUAUGUUGGGAAAAGCAGUAAUGGUCGAGCAAAAUGAAUAGGAUAGACACAAUCUUCUCCCACCAAGUUACUGGUCAAGAUACUAUAUCGAAUGCGACAUUGCUAAAUUAUUCCAAAAGGCAUUUGAAACUCCAAUGGCGUUAUCUGUUCACCUGAGGGAGAGAAUGAUAGGAUUCCAGCUUGAUCGAAUUCACAUGGUGUUUUUACCUUUAAGCUCAUACGGUUUCUGUACACAGUUGUUGCUAACUUUAGGAAAAAAAUGUUCGAAGUCCUCUGCCCAAACAACAGAACCGACUUGAUUGCUGACGAAGCUCAGCUUGUAAUCAAGAAUUUCAAAGCUUCUUUCAGGCUGGCAUACAACAGAUCACAAGUAAAUGUGACUGACAUGGGCGUGUCUUUCUGGAGUGUGUGCUCUUCAAAAUAAAGAGAGCAUGCAAAGAGCCUGCGCGAGAGUCUAACUUACUACAUGGUCGCUCACCCUUGCAAUGAAAACCUGAUGCCAGAAACCAAACAAAUCUUAAGAAAAUAUGGUGUUCCAUUCGACUACUCGCUAACGAUGGUGAUCCAGGAGACCCUCCGCCUGUACCCGCCAGCCUCCUUUGUCACGCGGGAAGCUCUGGAGGACCUGAACCUUGGCGGCAUCGACAUCCCGAAAGGCACCAAUAUCAGGGUUUCGAUCAUGCUGGCUCACCGGGACCCUUCGGCAUGGGGCGCCGACUGUGACAAGUUUGAUCCGGGAAGGUUUGGCGGAGGCAUAGCACGCGCCUGCAAGCCCCACCACAUGUACAUGCCGUUCGGCGUGGGUCCCCGGACGUGCGCCGGCCAGAACCUCGCCAUGGUUGAGGUCAAGGUCGUGCUAUCGCUGCUGCUGUCCAGGUUUGAGUUUGCGCUCUCGCCGAGCUACGAUCAUCGACCCGUGUUCAGGUUGACCGUGGAGCCCGGGAGCGGCGUGCCGCUGAUUCUUAGGAAGCGAUGAAUGAUGGUCCGUUCAUCGUUUCUGAGCUGUUGCUUGUUGUUUACUGUCGAUGUCUGACAGGGAGGAACGGCUGGAUGUUGACUGUAAACACUUGUUAGUAUGUUAUACUACUGUGCAUGAGAGUAACAAUUCUUGUCACUGCACUUUUUCGUUUUAUCUGGCUUCUUCGGUCAAAUGAUCCUAAUCCUUCAACUUCGUACUGUAGAAAUUUGUCCUAAUACAUCCGGACUACAUUUCUUCAGAAAUAGUAAUUCCUUGACUUCGACUUAUUGAAAAGACACCUACCUUUA